CUCUCUCUCUCUCUCUAGAUACCAAAAUCACAUCACACCCAAAUCUCUCUCUCUCUCUCUCUCUCUCUCUUCCUCUGUGCGACUGACUUUGGCAUCUUCAGCUCCGGCUCCAGCCGUCGCGGCCGCGCACCGGAAGAUCGCCGAUGGCCGGCGCCCACAUUGCCAACGGCGAGGCCGCCGAGCACCCCAGGCCGGCUGCCCUCGCCUCGUCCGCCUCCUUCAAGUCGGCCCGCCGGAAGCCGAACGGCGGCGCCCCCAACGCCCCGCCGCGAGCCGGCUCCGACGUCGACGACCUCAUCACCCUCCUCCACGGCUCCGAUCCCGUGCGCGUCGAGCUCAGCCGCCUCGAGAACGAAGUCCGAGACAAAGAUAGAGAACUGGGGGAUGCACUUGCAGAAAUUAAAGCUUUGAAGUAUUCUGAACGUCUUAAGGAGAAAGCAGUUGAAGAGUUGACUGACGAGCUGAACAAAGUGGACGGGAAGCUAAAAGUGACAGAAGCUCUUUUAGAAACCAAGAACCUUGAGAUUAAGAAGGUAAAUGAUGAGAAGAAAGAGGCCCUGGCUGGACAAUUUGCUGCGGAAGCUACACUUAGAAGAGUUCAUGCUGCCCAAAAAGAUGAUGAGAUGCCUCCAAUUGAGGCAAUUAUUGCUCCACUUGAGGCAGAGCUUAAGCUAGCUAGGCUUGAGGCUGCAAGGUUGCAAGAAGACAACAGAGCACUUGAUCGGCUCACAAAGUCCAAGGAGGCUGCUCUACUUGACGCUGAAAGGACUAUUGAGAUUGCUUUAGCGAAAGCAGCACUGGUGGAUGAUCUGCAGAACAAGAAUCAAGAACUAAUGAAGCAAAUUGAAAUUUGCCAGGAGGAGAAUAAAAUUCUGGACAAGAUGCAUAGGCAAAAAGUUUCUGAGGUUGAAAAGCUAAUGCAAACUGUUCGAGAGCUUGAGGAAGCUGUUUUGGCUGGUGGAGCUGCAGCUAAUGCUGUUCGGGAUUAUCAGCGACGAGUUCAAGAGAUGAAUGAGGAGAGAAAGACCUUGGAAAGGGAAGUGGCCCGUGCAAAGGUUUCUGCAAACCGAGUUGCAACUGUUGUUGCUAAUGAAUGGAAAGAUGGCAAUGACAAAGUUAUGCCUGUAAAGCAAUGGCUCGAAGAAAGAAGAUUUUUUCAGGGUGAAAUGCAACAGCUUCGGGAUAAACUUGCUGUAGCCGAGCGCGCUGCAAAGGCAGAAGCCCAAAUGAAGGAAAAAUACCAACUGCGAUUCAAGGUUUUGGAGGAAAAGAUUAAAGGAUCUAAUAAUGGCAGUGCUCGGACGCACUCAGAAGGAAAGAGUACUAGUGGACAUUCAAGGCGGCUGUCUCUUAGUGGAUUGGAGCAGCUGUCCAGACAGCACUCCAACGGCUCUUUACAAAAGAAAGCGUCAAAUGCACCGACUAGCCUGCUACGAUCCAACAGUGCCAGUAUACUGUUGAGACAUGCAAGAGUGUCAUCUUCAUUUGAUGGUGGCAGCAAGUCCCUGGAUAAACUGAUGCCAAAUUCAACUGAUAGUGACAAUGCCACAAAUAGCGCAGGAGAACAGAUCAAGAGCAACGAGAUGAUAGGUAGAGUCGAAGAGAUUGCAAAUGGGAAUCAUAAUGGAAAAGCGCAACCAGAAGAUGAGGACUUUGUAUCGGGAACUUUGUACGAUAUCUUGCAAAAAGAGGUUAUAGCCCUGAGAAAAGCUUGUCAUGACAAAGAUCAGAGCCUUAAAGAGAAGGAUGACGCUAUAGAGAUGUUGGCAAAGAAGGUUGAUACUUUAAACAAAGCAAUGGAAAUUGAAGCGAAAAGAAUGCGUAGAGAAGUAGCUUCCAUGGAAAAGGAGGUUGCUGCUAUGCGUGACAGCAAAGAGCACAAUAGUAGGACGAGACGCCUCAGUGCUCCCAGAGGGGCUGUGAAUUGCACUCAAUCAAUUUCUGCAAGGAAUGCGCGGAACUUGUAGGCUAUAUGGUUGGCAUUUCCACUGAGUUCCUGCCGAGAUAACUGUCGAGCAAUUUACGAAUUAGUGUGGUUUUGGUGUGAUCAUCCAUGUUUGUCGUCCCUUCUCCAGCCAGCCAGUCAAUUUGCAAUGGCCCGACUUCUCUUUCCGAUUGAGGAUUCAAGAAUCUUGUACAUGUUUGUAUCUAUAUAGCUAAGGUCAAAGCUGACUCGCUCAAUUCGCGGGAGCCAGAUGGAGGCCCGCCCAAAAUAUUGUGGUAACUCAACUCCAACUAUAUAAAAAUAUAGCACAAGUGCCUUUUCUGUUUGGUUAAA